CCGGAUAAAAAAACCCUCAACGUUUUUUUUGUAUUUGUAAAUCGGUUUAAAUACAUGGAGUUUUUAUACAGGGUUUUUCCUGUGUUCUUCGCUUUAUGUGCAGGUAUGAUAUUUUCUUCACUACUUUUUUCUAUCUUAAUAUAGUGUGGAGUUUUAUUGUACUAUUUUUUCAUUCUUGAUACAUGCCACAUUCCGGCGGUCGUUCUCCCGAGUCGUCCUCUCUCUCUGCGGUGUGUUGUGUAAUAUGAUGAUAUGGGGGGGGGGGGGCAGCUCAUGCCAUCCUCAUUUCACUCGGUAGGAUGUGUGACUAUACAUAGACCUAACAGUCUGUUUAGAAAUUGGCUUUAUUUACUUUGGUGACUGUUUAUAGUUUUUAAAUAAAAGACUGAACAUUUUGUCAAACUUGCUUUUUUGGGGGGGUUUCUUCCUGGGUGUUUUUUUUUUUUGCAGACUUUACGGUUAAAUAUGUUAAUUUAUUUUUUAGAUGCGUUACUUUUUAUUCAUCAACGGAAACACCUCCCGUCUUCCACUAUUCAAAUGAACAAAGUGCAUCUUAAGAUUCAUUUUAACCGUUUUUUGCUUGUGAAAUUGUGACUCCUUAACUUUUCACUCCAUGAAAUAUCAACCAUUUGCUACAACCUGUUUCUACCAGAUGAGACACUAGUUAUUUUGAUCACCUUUUGGGCAAAGUGCGAAAUUCGUUCAAGUCCCAGGAAUUACCUCAUUCAUCUAUCCUCAAUGAUAAAUUAUAUGAUAAACCACAACCCACAGAAUUAUAAUUUCCAUGAACCGUCGGUUUCACAGUGAAAAAGAAAUCUGCUUUCCCGGCUCCUCUUUUCUUUUGGACGAGACUGGGAAAUGCGAAGUUUUACUGCCCCCUAUUGGACAGCACUCACGUUUCCCAUUUAGAAACAUAAAAAUCUAUGAACUGUUCAUACCACUCAACCAUUCAUAGGAAUGUAUCAAAUGGUUCAUACCUACUCAACUCAUUGACGUUGUAAAUCCGUGUUUCAUUUUAAUGUUCUUUGACUUAAUAUUCUUCUAAAAUUGUUCCCAUGAUCUAAUAUUUCGAAUGUCCUGUUUCAAUAACUUGCAAAUGUUCUGUAAAUAAUGUACUCAGUACAUUAGUACUCAGGCGAGCCAUUAUGGUGCCUGGGACCCGCUAGACUAGAGGACAUCUGGGAGCCGCUAGAGUUCAGCAGUUCCAAGACGGACCGCCAGGGGGCGACGCGCCUCGUCCGGCCAGCGUAAUACACCAGAAGAAGACAACAUAUUAAUACACCAGAAGAAGACAACAUAAUAAUACGCUAGAAGAAGAUAACAUAAUACACUAUAAGACGAUAUUAUAAUAAUAUACCUAGAAACAAGAGCAUGACAGCUUCUGAUGCCGGGAUGUGGACGAUAGGAGAAUUGAGAGCGGUGCUCCAUCACCCGGUCAUCGGGGAUAACGCGGAGAUGCGGGGAUAUAUUCAACAAACCAUUUCAGAAUACCAGGAGGGAGUUUCUCUGUUACAAGGAGAGAAUAGUCGGCAAUGCAAACUGCUAACCGCAGCCUGGAGUCCCCAGGUUCGCUUGGACAGAGCAGAGGUCCUGCAGCACGCGGCCUGUAGAGAGGCGCCCUCCCCCCGUCCAGUCCAGGAGGAGACAUGGACUCCAGGCACACGAGUCAAAGAGGAGGAGGAGCCAUGGAACCCAGGCCUACCAGUCAAAGAGGAGCGGGAGGAGCUGUGGGUCAGCCCUGGGGGAGACGGCGGUCAGGAGACGAUGGAAGAGGACGUCAUCCAGGACCCGUCCUCUCCUGGUUCCGUGAAGACGGAAGACGAUGAUGACGAAGAACUCGCUCUGCCUCCGCCUACAGAUCCAACGGAGGCUUGGCUGCCAACCGGGGACUCUGAAACAGACGUAAAGCCAGAACCACAACUUCUUUCCUGCGCGUCGGACCAGUAUGAUACAACAGAACCACAGCCUCGGCCCUGCUUGUUGGACCAGUAUGAGACAACCGUGAAGGAGGAAGCAGGUGGAGAGAGCGGCGCCAGGUCAGGAGUCCCAGUUGGAGACUUGCGUCCAGACUCAGACUCUGGAAUGCGGAUUGGACGACGAGUCAAAUUCGUGGAAAAGCUCUUCCAUUGUCCGGUGUGUGAACUCAAAUGCGUUUCCAAAGCUCACCUCCGGACACACAUGAGGGUGCACACGGGUGAGCGGCCGUACUCGUGUCCGGACUGCGGCAAGGCGUUCACCACUAAGGGCGGGGCCAACAGACACAUCCGGGGGAUCCACCACGGAGACAGACCCUUCCGCUGCGAGUUCUGCACCUUCAGCUUCACGUUCAAGUCAGGCCUGAACCGACACCUCCGCGUCCACACCGGGGAGAGGCCGUACACCUGCUCUUUCUGCGGCCUCAGCUUCACGCAGAGCGGCAAUCUGACCACGCACAUCGACGUCCACCAUAGAAUAACGUCCGUCAAAUGCAAGAUGAAAGCGUGAUGGCUUAAAGACCCCUCCACUGGAGAUUAGAUCUCGUUACUGUUUAUAACAUGUUAUUGUAUUGUGCACGGUUUAUUAAAGGCAAGAUUCAUGUCCUGUUGCUCAGAAAUCAGGAACUUACAAAUUUCUCCACCUUUUUGGACCCUUUUUCCCAUCGAUUUGAGGUUCAGGAGAUAAACGCAGACCACGGUUUUGAACUCGGUCCAGUAUCGAGUGUGAAACGGUGCAUCAUUUCCUUCGGGGCAUCAGCCCACCAUCAAUCUAUGUCGUCGAUAAGUGCUCGUUUUUAUUUGUUGUUUCUUCUUGGGUGUUUUUUUUCAGACUUGCAUACUGCACUGCACACCUUACGGUUAUUAAUAUUGAUUUAUUUGUAGAUGGUUAAGGGUUACUUUUUUCAUUAAACGGAAAGACCUCCUGUCUUCCACUAUUCAAAUGAAGAAAGUGCAUCUUAAGUGGCAUCUCAAAUGCUUUUCACUCCAGGAAAUAUCAACCAUUUACUACAACCUGUAAAUUCCAGAUGAGUCACUGGUUCUGUUGAUCAACUUUUGGGCAAUGUGUGAAAUUCGCUCAAGUCCCAGGAAUUACUUCAUCAUCUAUCCUCAAUAAUGAUAAAUGAUAUGAUUGACCAGAACCCACAGAAUCAUCAUUUCCAUGAUCAAACCGCCAGUUUCACAGUGAAAAACAAUCUGCUUUCUCUGCUCUUCUUUUUUUUUACCGGUCGAAGCUUUGAAAUGCAAAGUUUUACCGCCCUCUACUGGACAGAACUCAAGUUUCCUAUUUAGAUACGUAAAUAUCUAACAACUGUGUUCAUACCAUAUAGGAUGUAUCCAAUGGUUCUUACCUAUUCAUCCAGAUGUCAUUGACGGUGUAUAUCCGCUAGAGGACGCAUGGGAGCCGCUAGAGGGCGCAUGGGAGCCGCUAGAGGGCGCCUUGGGGCCGUUAGAGUUCGGCAGUUCUCAGACGGGCCGCCAUGGAGCAACAAGCCUCCUCCGGCCAGAUAACAUAAUAAUACACCAGAAGAAGAUAACAUAAUAAAACACCAGAAUAAAAUAAUACAAUAAUACACCAGAAGAAGAAGACCCUGACAGCUUCUGAUGCCUGGAUGUUGACGAUAGGAGAAUUGAGAGCGUUGCUCCAUCACCCGUUGACCGGGGAUACCGCGGAGAUAUUCAGCAAACCAUCUCGUACUCUGCAGGCUAGUGCAGAAGGGGAGGGGCGGCAAUGGGUGCAUUAGCACCUUCCCCUUUGCAUCUGAAUGUCCAAGGGGCCGUUUGAGUUGCCAUUUAAAUUAUCAAUGCUUGGUCAAAUGUAUACAUCAGCAUUUAAAAAAUGAACGUGUUAAUCAAUUAUUCGACAAUAAAAAAAAUCGAAAAGUAAUGAUAAAGUUGGUAGCCUCGUCUACCUGUGCUGCAGGUAGGUGACGUAGAGGCUAUCAACGUUUCAAAUUUGCCUGCCUGCAAGAUGUGCAUCGUAUUGCUGUGGUUUUAAGAGACGGUGAAAAGCAGGGUAAGAUCACAGUUGUCUCGUUUUGUAGCGGCCGGGUAAAAGUUAGAAACAGGUUUGAUAUUCGCCGGAUAUCAGGUUUUGACUUACCCCACAAUGGGUUUAAUUACAUUACGGGUGUAGUAUGUUGAGGACCCUUUAGGACACCGUAUCGAAAAAAAUCACAGCGACAUUAAUUGUUGCCAUCGAUAUCUUUGUUGCUGCUAUCUGUCUUAGCGACCAUCUAAAAAUUACACCCCACAGACUGGUGGCAAAGACUUUACCAUGGAAUCGUUUCAGGAAAGAAAUCACCACAAAUCAAUAAAAAUACAUUUUCUUAUUCUGAUUGUACAGUAGUACCUGCCAAUGGGGGCUGCUAAUUACUACAGGUAACACUUUGCUGGUAUCUCGCAUUAUAAUGAAACAGGAUGCAAUUAAUAGUUUAAAAUAUUCACCAAAAAUCAAUAAAAAUGGAUUUUCUCAUUCUGAUUGCUCUAGUAGUUGCCAAUGAUGUCAGAUUGUUGCAUUUUGGAUGGAUAAUAUUUGUGUGAAUGUAGUCUGAUGUAAGGCUCCAUAUUUCAUUAUAAGGUGUACAGUAUUGUGGAUCAGUACUAUGUCAGAUUUGAUAUAGCCCUUUCUAUAGGAUUAAUACUGUAUGCAAAAUUACAUUUUGUUUGAAUAACGGUUGCAUUUUUUUUUCAUGUGAAUGGAGUAUGAUGUAAGGCCCCAUGUUUCAUUUUUAGUUGUACAUUUAGGUUAAAUUCUGGAUGAAUAUGUAAAAUUUCACAUUGUCAUUAGGGAUAUAGUACGGAUACUACUAUAUACGAUUGUUUGAGGAUUACACAAUACAUUUGGUUUGAACAAGGAUAAUACAUUAUUUUAAAUAAAGAUAAGCGUAUCAGAAUAGGAUACAAUGUG